AUGUCGUCUAAAAAGAAAAGCAAAUCCAGAUCAUCACGGGCUGGUCUCCAUUUUCCAGUUGGAAGGAUUCACAAGAUCUUGAAGAAAGGGAACUACGCGCCGAGGAUUGGGGGAGGAGCUCCUGUUUAUUUGGCAGCGGCCCUCGAAUAUCUUUCAGCAGAAAUACUGGAGUUAGCAGCGGAAGUUGCUAAGGAGAAUAAUAAGUCUCGUGUCAUCCCACGCCAUAUACUUUUCGCUAUUAAAAAUGACGAAGAGCUGAACAGGAUGCUGUCCGGUGUUACCAUAUCGCAGGGCGGUGUGUUGCCAGCUAUUCAUUCGCAAUUACUUCCGAAGAAAACCGUAAAGAGUUCUCAAUCUCAAUAA